CACAUCGAUGAUGUCCCUCUCCCAUUGGCUCCUGUCUGCAAACACGUCACAAUCAUGAUUAGAAUUGAUGAUCGGACAGUCUGAUUUCAUUGUCUAGCAACGGGGACUGGGGAAGAAAUCUGCUUGAUUUUGAAGCUUCGCCUGAAUUGGUCACAGCAAUGGGUGCGGUGCACUGAGACAGAAUGAGGCGAAGCUGGGAAGUAACUACAUAAAAAUAUGGAUCCUUCGCUGUGAUGAGCAUGACCGCUCCAUUGCCAUCCAGUAGCAGCAUGGACUCAUGGCCACAAAGGCGCGGCCUUCAGACUAUGAACCUGCGGUCAGUAUUCACAGUCGAACAGCAGAGGAUCCUGGAGCGUUACUAUGAUAAUGGUAUGACCAAUCAGAGCAAGGCUUGCUUCCAGCUAAUACUGCAAUGUGCGCAGGAGGCCAAACUGGACUUCAGUGUUGUCCGGACAUGGGUUGGUAACAAAAGACGGAAACUUGCCUCCAAGGGAGACCAGAAUGGAGGCUUGUCUCAUCCUUUACCUAGUCAUGGACUGGCUGGGGGACUGCUGUCCAAUCAUCCUGGGCUGUCAGCAGCAGCCCUGCUCCCUGCUGAAAUCACUGCCGCCCGCAACAUCCAGAAUCGUGGUCACCUUCUCCCUACAGGAUCCACCUACCCCUCUUUUUCGGCACCAUCUUCUUCUGCUUCCUCUCCACCUCCUGUCCGCAGUGGGAACAACAAAAACAAUAAUAAUGAUGUCAUACUGACUGGUAUCUAUUCUCUCAACUCCAGCCCUUGCUCACGCCCAAAACACACCGCCUCUCUGCCCCAGUCUGAGUCUGAGCUCUCCGCGCUCCCUGCUUCAUCCUUGAUCAGCCAGGCUUUGCAGUGCAGAACCAGCUCCAGUUCGUCACCUCUUCAGUCCAAGUUAGUUUCACUCUCUCAGAAUCCUACCUUCACCUCUGCUUCUGCAUCUCUAGUUUAUGCUGCUGGAAGGGACAUGAAGUCCAGUCUAUCCCUUAGGGAGGUAGCAUCGACAGCAGGAGCUGGAGGGCUACCUCCUAGCUGGACUCGGCCGUUUGGUACUUCACAGACUCGCCCAUGGUCAUCUUCCUCUCAGUCCCAGGCUCAACUUCAGCCCAGAUCUGACACCAAUCCCCAACCACCACACGCAGUUCCACAAAAGACUCGGCUGUCCCUCCCAGUCCAAAACUCUGUUCCUACCCCUGAGCAGACACCCUGUAUUCAGAAGGGGUUCACCUUAGCAGACCGCGGAGAAGGCAGUAGAACUAAGCCUGGACUUAGUUCUACUCUGAAAUGCCAGGAGCUAAAGAGGUCAGUUUCCCACACUCUGGAUACCAGUCAUAACUUCUCCAUUGCCAUGGAAACUGCAGAUGAAGAUGAAUGGCAAAGGGAAGAAGAACUGGCAAAUAUGGCUUCUCAGAAUAACACCAGUCAGGAACAGACAACGUCUUUGGGAAAAGGAAGCCACUCAUUGACCCCGGCCAGCUCCAAAAACAUACCUCUUCACAGCAACUCGUCUCAUCAGGGAAGCUACUCACUCGCACAGACCUCACUUACUGGGGAAGCCAGCUCACAGACUUCAGUCAGUGCUGCUCCUUGGUUUAUCAGCAACUCCAGAAAGAGAACUUUGCAGGAUCGAACACAAUUCAGUGAUGAGGAUCUCAUUCAACUGAAGCGCUACUGGGAAAGGGGAAUGACCAGUCUGGGCUCAGUAUGCAGGGAAAAGAUUACUUCUGCAGCAAACCAGCUCAAUGUAGACACUGAAAUAGUGAAGACCUGGAUCAGCAACAGACGAAGGAAGUGCCGCUUGAUGAAUAUUGAAAUACCACCACCUAAAGGCGGACCUGCUGAAUUCACAAGCUCCCCGGGUAGUGACUCUCCAGUGGCGAUUAGCCCUAACGACGAUCCGCUCAGAACACCUGAACUUGGAGAUGACUUGAACGAUGGCCUCAGCCUCUCUGAAGAUAGCAACAUUGACUCACUCCAUCGGGAAGAAGAUGAAGCAGAUGUGACCAAUGUUGCACCGCUGGCUGACAAUGUGAAGGUCGAAGUCAUUGAUGAGGAUGAAGAGGACGAUUAUGAUGAGGGUGAAAUAGUGGCCUCAAAUCUAGAGCAAAUGCAAAGCUUGCUUGAAUUCAAGCAUGAAGAAGUGCAGUUCUUAGAGAAUGAGCUAGAGAACCAAAAACAAAAAUACCAGGAGCUUGUAAGCUUCACGAAGAUGCUGUUGAGUGCCGUCAGAAGUAAUGAUGUGGAGAAACAGCAGGAACUCAUUGCCAGUCUACCUCCGCCAUGGGAUCAGGUGUGUGACAUGACAAUGGACAGAGGAGCUCUGCCUGAUGUUGUGUCAGAAGACAGGUCAUCCAACUACAACAUCACCUUGACAACCGAUACAACAGGCUAUGCUGUACAUGCACUAGCGAGCGAAGACGUCCCACUGGUCCACUUUGAAGAACAUGUUCCUAUUAAAGUUUCUGAGCCCUCUGUAUCAGAGGAGCAAAUGCAAGAACAAGAACAAGAGUGACUGUUUCCUAUCCAGCACAUCAACUUGUGCCACACUGUUCAUCAUCACAAACAUGCUCCGCGCCCAGUGCCUGUGGAUUGAAGCUUCACUACUGUUGGGCUAACAAUUCAUUUUUUAUGGUGUAGUGUCUUGCUCUUGUCCAGUCCGGACAAUAUAUGUAUAAAAUAAUAAAAAAGA